AUGAAGCUGGUAUCAUUAAUUUCUGCGCUUUUUGCAGUGGGAUCUGCACAAUUUCGUCAAAGGCUAGAUCCCCACAAUAAUACGCUUGCAUGUGCCUGUAUAUUGCGAGACAUUGUGAGGCCUAUGGAUCCAGGUACAACUGUUGGGACUACAAGCACUACGACGACGACUGAAUCUCCUACCAUAUCAACAAGCUCGGAAGAAUCGAUAAAACGAUUUAUACCAUACAACUACUGGCAAAUUUACAAGAAGAACAUUCAAAACGCUAAAGUGAAUCCGGAAUCGUAUAUGGACCGCUUUCUUUCACUUUUUCGAGAAGAGCCAACCACAACAACAACACAAUCAACUACACAAGAGUUCCUUGUCCAAGAGGAUUCUCCCAUUACAGAUCUGGGAAAGCAGCUUUUUUAUAAAUAUGUUGAAAAGCUCAGAGCACAGUUCGGUUUCUUGGAUCGAUUUAUUUGUAGCUGCGAAGGGGAUCUAGCAGCCGUGCUGAACUCGAAGACCUUCAUCUCUAUGAGUCUCAUACACGACUGA